AUGAACAAAAAUAAACGUACCUCUUGCGCCAAAUCAGCUCCUGCACAACCUGCUUCAACUUCAACCCCCACUCCCAAGCAAAAUCCUAGCCAGAUGCAAAGCACAGAUUACCCAAAGACCUUUGCCACUGUCAAAGCUGCCCUCUACGUCCAUAUCAAAAUCCUUUGGGGCCUGCUUGAGCAAGAUUCCGUGCCCAAAGGGCCUUCUUCCGAACUUCUCACCGAAUUCUACUCUGCCUUCAGCACGGUUGAAGAAAUUGAAACGGUGGCACAAGCCAGCUCACCUCCUGAUCUAAUUCCUCGCCGCGACAUCCAGUUUGGACGUGGCAUCCGCUUGGGUCAAAGCAAAGCGGCAAAAUCGGUCGGCCACUUGAGUGAUUCCUAUGUCUGCUAUAUCAAAAGUGCCUUGGUUCAUUUUGGCCUGCGAGUGUGGAGUCCAAAUCUUGAAGAAAAUUCCGAUUCCUUGUACAACUCAGCCUGCCGAAUCAGUGCCAUUGCUACUUUCCGCCAAAUUGCCGCUGCAGGAGCAUACAACUAUAUGAACAUCAACCUAGCCGAAAUCGACAAUGUCAGGUGCCUCAUCAAGGCAUUCGAUCAUUUUGUGUUUUUUCACUCUGCCAACCAAUACAAGAAGGAAAUUCAAUCUGCUGGAAAAAACAAGUUGGAUGCCUCGAUGAAAGUCAUCCAGCAAAAUCGAAGCCGUUUGUGCAAAGCGCGAUACGAAUUUGCAGUAGCCAACCAAUACCCUGAGCGCUACCAGAAAGUCCUGAAAGAGAUCAAAGCACAUAGCGAUGAUGAACGGCACAAGACAAAGAACAUAUUUGUCAUCAAGACUCUCCCCUACCGAUCUAAGAAUGCAGCAGAUUCAUCCGACGCUUGGAUCAAACUGCUCCCCAAAGAGCCCUGCCCUUCCCGCUAUUCUGCCCCGCCGAAAGGAUUUCCCAUCGACUUCUACUGCCCACAUUGGUUUGAAGAACUCACCCCAUCACAGCAACAACUAAUUCCAAAUCUUGAGAGUGUGGCCUUUCUACCUGAUGCCAGCCUAUCCCUCCUCCCGAAGAAAAGUCAGUUCCCUGAUGAGAAACUUACCGAUCGAUCUUUCACCCGCAAGUACCUUGAUGGUGUCCUUGCAUCCUAUGGUCUCAUGGACAACAACCUGGAAAAUGACAUGGUUGGAGGCGAUUCUGAGCUUUAUGGUGGCGAGGAAGAUGAUGAGGAGGGAAUCGAUCUUGCCGAUGCCAGCCCCGACAUAUCUGAGGAGGAAUUCUUGCUGGAGGGGGAAUCAGGCGACUUAUACGAUGAGACUUUCAUUGAUGAUGAUGAAUAUUCUAACCCUGAGGACGAUGAAGAGAUGGAUGCUGAUUUUGUAGAAGGAUUAUGA